AUGCUACGGCUGCUGCAAACUCGAACCCGUAUACUGCACGAGGAUGCCUUUCAGGGUUUGGACCGCUUAUCGGCACUCAUGAUAGCGGAGAAUCCACUCGAGCGUCCACUGCCAGCGAAGCUGUUCCGUGGGAUGACCUUCCUGAAGACGCUCAAACUUAUUGAUGUUGGUCUGGAGGUGUUAUCGCCCGAGUUGCUGCAUGAUCUGACUGACCUGCGCUACUUGUACGCGAGCAAAAACCGAUUGCACACCCUUGACGAGACGGUUUUCGCACACUGUCCGCACAUCUGGACGCUCGAUUUGUCCGAUAAUGCCAUCGGUUCGCUGCCCGAGCGCGUCUUCGAUCCACUGCACGAUGUGGAAACGAUCAAGCUGGACAACAAUCUGCUGGCGGAUGUGCACGAGAAUCUGUUCGCGAAUACGGGCGAUCUGCAGGUACUGACGCUUAGCAACAAUACGCUCACCCUGCUAUCACCCAUUUUGCUCCGCAACUUGAGCCGCCUUCAGGAGCUGCACCUCCGCCAGAACCGUAUCGCCGAGUUCCAGCUACUGUACUUCCCGUCGAUCGAACCGUUCGCACUGGAUCUGCGCAACAAUGAGCUGACCAUGUUCAACCGCACUUCGCUGACGGCGCUCGAGAAUCUAAAAGCGAUUUGGUUGAACGAUAACCGGUUGACCGAGAUUGGGGCCGACACGUUCACCGAGGCGGUCAACACGACCUACAUCGAGCUGGACGAUAACUAUCUGACCGAGCUCCCGGGGGAUCUACUGGCGGGGCUAACGCACCUGCGCGUCUUCACCGCCAGCAGCAAUCAGCUGGCACGCGUCCCCGAGGAGCUAUUUCUGGAGAAUCUGAAGGUAACGGAAAUUCGGCUCCACAACAAUCUCAUCGAGGAGCUGCCGGUGCGUUUCCUGGCCGAGCUGCCCAUCCUGGAGGAGGUCUACCUAGGGCAGAACCUGCUGACGCGCCUCCCGGUGGACGCGUUCAUCGAUUGUCCCAAGCUGCGCGUCAUCAAUCUCGAGCACAACCGUCUCGUCUCGCUACCGGAUCGACUCCUGGAGCGCCAGGCCGAUAGUCUGCAAACGCUUGACCUCGAGGGUAAUCAGCUGACACGUCUUGGGUUCUUGGGUCGUCUAAGGCGCCUUACACGGCUCGAUCUCGAGGGAAACCUGCUGGAAACUUUACCGACGGGAACGUUCGCCGGAACGCCCCAUAUCGUCCAGCUGCUGCUUGGCGCCAACCACUUGACAACCAUCGCCCACGACACAUUCGCCGGACUGACGGUGCUAAAGGUGCUAAACGUGUCCAACAACGCACUGACCGCCGUCUCGCGUGACGCGUUCCUCGAGCUGACCAGCCUUAAUGAGCUGUAUCUGCACGAUAACCAGCUGGAAAGUCUUCCGAACGAACUGUUCGAUUCGCUCGCGGCACUAAAGAAGCUCACCGUGGCCAACAAUCGGCUCGCCCAGCUACAGCCGGCCUUGUUGCGCUCGAUUCCGAAGCUUCAGGCACUGGAUCUGUCGAACAACCCGCUCGAACCGGAGCUAGUGCCCGAAGACAGCUUCCUGAACAGCACCAAUCUCGAGACGCUCUCACUCAACGGUCUCCCGAUGAGGCGCCUGACAAGACAGUUCCUCGCCAAACCCCGACUCCUGCGGUACCUGAGCGCGGAAGCGUGUGGGCUCGCGGAGCUACAGCCGGAGGCAUUCUGGUUAGUCGGUUCGUUGAACCCAUUAGUGUUACUGUUACGCGGAAAUCGAAUCACGACGCUUCCGGACGGAUUGUUCCGCACUUCACCGAAGCUGACGGUAUUGGAUCUGUCGUUCAAUCAGCUCACCGAGCUGAACACGGCCGCCUUCGGGCCGACCGCAACGCCACGUGGUGGGGAGCUACAGGAGCUGUAUCUGGAAGGAAACCAACUAACCCGGUUGCCGGUGGGCGAGUUCCACAAAUUUGCCACCAAACUGAAGAUACUGAACGUUCAAUCGAACGCCUUGGCUCAGCUACAGGUCGGUGUGUUCGACGGUUUGUCGGAGCUUAAAGUACUAUCCAUCGGUGGCAACCAGCUGGUACACCUCGAGCCGACCGUAUUCGCACCCUUGGCGGCCCUUGAAUCGAUUGCACUUAAUGCGCUCCAGCUGGCGACGCUGGAUCGCGAUGUGUUUGUCAAUCAGCCGAAUCUCCGGUCGGUGUAUUUGCACGAAAACCGGCUCCGUGAGCUCGAUCCGGAUACGUUCCGGCAAAACCACGCUCUGAAAACACUCAACAUUGCCAACAAUACGCUUACGUCGUUCGAGCUGCAACACUUUAACCAACUCAACAGUUCGCUCGCGUAUCUGGAUGUUUCCGGUAAUCAGAUCGAAACGUUUACGGUGACACCGGCUUUGCGGGGACUGCGUUUGUCCGGGAACCGGCUGGUACAACUCAGUCUUGCCGACACGAGCGCACGACCGUUCUCGCUGGUUAGUCUAGACGUUUCCUCCAACCAGCUCGCCACGAUGUACGGUUGGCGUGAGUUGACGCUGCUGGAGGAGCUAAAUCUCUCCGACAAUCCGCUCGGUACGCCGUUCGAUUUUACCGAGCUGGGAUACUUCUUUCAUCUCGCCCGCCUGAACGUGUCCUCGCUGGACCUCACCGAUGAGGAGCUCAGCACCGAGGGAAUGCUUCUGCCAACGGUGACCGCACUCGAUCUGUCCAGCAAUGCGCUCGAUGCGGUUCCGGAGGAAUUUUUAAAAUGUUUCCCCAGCCUGCAGGAGCUGUACCUGCAAAACAAUCCACUCACCGGUGGACCGGUCCAGUAUGCGCAGCUCUUCGCGAUGCUCCCAUCGCUCAAGGUACUUGGUACUGCCUAA